AUGCUCGAUCCACGUGUCCGGGCCGAGGUCUAUGACAGGCUGCAGAAGUACAGGGCCCAGCGCCCCGCUCCGCUGCUGGACAGCACACAGGGCCUGGCUCACCGCCUAGCAGAAGAGCUGCAGGAUACAGUCAACAGUCCAGAGACAACAGAGCUGUUAAACCUGCUUUCCAAACCUCAUGUACAGACUCUUCUGUUAGUGCAUGAUGUGGUGGCGCAGAAAAGGUUUGACCCUCGGUUGCCGCCUCUGCCCCCUUUACCUGAUUGCAACGAGGAAGAUGAAGAUUCAAUCAAGAUUGUUUGCCUGGUUAAAAACCAAGAGCCACUGGGAGCCACCAUAAAGAGAGACGAGUCGUCUGGAGCUAUAAUCGUGGCUCGGGUCAUGAGAGGAGGAGCUGCUGAUAGAAGUGGUCUGAUUCAUGAAGGUGACAUGCUCAAGGAAGUCAAUGGUGUUCCAGUGGAGGACAAAAACCUACAGGAGAUCAUCCCAAUACUGGCCAAGUCAGAAGGAGCGGUGACCUUUAAAGUCGUCCCAGGCACCAAUGAAGAGCUGGAGACGAACGACACCCAGGUCUUCGUGAGAGCCCUUUUUGACUAUGAUCCCCAAGCAGAUCCUGCUAUUCCAUGCAGAGACGCUGGGUUGGAGUUCCAGAGAGGAGAUGUUUUGCAGAUUGUGAGCCAAGAUGAUGACACCUGGUGGCAGGCCAGACGGCACGGAGACGCCAACCUCAGGGCCGGACUCAUUCCCUCAAGACAGCUUCAGGAAAGGAGAGUGAUGUUACAGAGGCCUGAAGUUUUGUUCCACUCACCCAGAGUUUCAAGGGCAUUCAGUGACAACAUGGAAGGUAAUUCUUCAUCCUUUUCAGCACGCUGUCAAGUAACAGUGACCCAGCUCUAAUUUGCCAGUAUUUCUGUCUUUGUUUACAUCAUGGGUAAAAAACAGUAACAUUGCAAAUUACCCCUUUCUGUCAGCACUUCAUGAUUAAGGGUUGCCUUGACUUGGUCUUACAUUUAUCAUUAUUUGAUUGGAGUGCACUUAUUUUUUCCCUCUGCCCUGCUUUCACUCUGUGACCAGCGGAUGUGGACUAUGGAGCUAUAAGUGGCAUACAUAUAGGUAAGGGUUUAUUUAUUUGUCUGAGUAACUGUAACCUUCCAUGGUACAGUGUUCUGUUAUAAAAGUAUGUCCGUGGGGUCUUACU